AGGUAGCAGGAUUGACAGAGGUAUCUUGUUUACAAGAGUCACAUGCAAUUCGCCGCUGCAUAAGAAUGCACCCGUCCCUCGGCAAUUAUGUGCUUGAUGUUGCAAAGAAAAGGUUGGAUAAAAUGUUCUUCGUUGGCCUCACUGAAAACCAUAAAGAGUCAAUGGAGAUGUUUUCACACAGUAUUGAAGCUGAGCUGCAAGCACUCUCAACAGCACCUCAAGCUAACGACGCAGCAGUCAGCGACACAGAAAUAAACUAUUCACUUAUUGAUGUUGAGAAUGAAAAGUUACUUCUCCAACAGAAUGUCUUCACCCCAGAAUUUCGACAAGAGUUUCUCUUAGGGAAUCCGAAAAUGUCAAAUGGGAAUAUGACUGUUGAAAACAUGAUGGAGGCUUAUGAUGCAUGUGCACUGAGACUACAAGAACUUUGGACUUUCCAAGAGACACAUUUUUUCAAAGAAGUUCAUCCUAUCAAAUUCUCAAAGAAGGCACGAAAACAAAUCCAAGAUAGUGUCAUCCAACAGAUUUUGUUGUUUAACAAUCUUGACAUAGAGCUUCAUAAGGAUGCCGAUGUCAUUUUCAAACAACAGCAGGAACAUUUCAGAGAAAGAUGUAGCAAAGUGGUGAAUGCGGUUUCUCACCACCCGAUAGAAGACUGAAGUCCUCACCCAACCCCUCAUUCCCCUAAGGUGAGCCAAAAGGUUAGUAGCUUGAGCAAUUGGUUGUCUAAAAAGGUUGUUCUUGCUAUCUUAGCACUUCUAUGCAUUCUUGCUCUCCUCCUAAAUGCACAACGGGGACCCUCAAAGCUCAAGGAUAAUUAAUCAUCUUUCUACUUCAAGUACUGAAGGCCAUAAGUUCCCUUCUACAUCUUUUUGGCUCUUUAAGAUGCUUAAGGUCUCAGGUCUAAUGACCAGUAUUGGAACCUGUAUGGAACCUUUUAUAAUAAUGUUCACUAAAUUUUGAACUUCAAACUAUAUAUUAGAGGAGUAAUGGAACAUUGAACUCUGAAUUUCCUCUAGAAUUUGUUUUUUCUCUUCCAAGAAGCACAUUGUGAUGUUCAAGAUCCCCUUCUUUCUUCAGUAGUAUUGAAGCAAAAGAAUGCAAAGAAUUUGAUGGCACAAAAGGAAAUGACUACGGAAAAUAAGACUUGCACAAAAAAUUUGAUUCGUAUGGCUCUAUCUAAAAUCUAGGAGAGAUCAUUUUGUCAUUGUCAAGGAACCAGAGACUUGAUGCUACCCCACACACACAACAAAAUUUCCUGGUUAGAUCCCUUCAGACAACCUAAACUAACAACUACAGGUUGUUAUAGGCCAAGCUAUGUCACAUAAGAACAGGGUGCAGAUGCGGGUGCAGAUGCUGCAUUUUCUAAAAAAAUAUGGGUCCGAGUGUGGCAACGCCAUAAGCAUAGUUACAUCUAUAUAAUAAAUACAGUUGUUUAGAAACAAUGAAACUAGUAAUAAAGUUGCUCAUAAGUAAUAAAAAUAGCAAUCGAUGAUUAACAAACUAUGAUUUAUCAAUGAUUCAGGGAUAAAGAAAGCAAUUUAUUUAUUGCCGAACCCAACAUGACUCGG